GAUGCUUUGUUUUUCACUCCAGUGAAGUCAGUUCGUGUGUUCACUUACAUCGUCUGUGAAUUACACUUGCCUUGAUAUAAAAUAGAAAUGGCAGAGGCAGAAUCUGACUGGGAUUCUGUUACCUACCUUCGAAAGAAGACACCGAGAGCAGCAGAAUUGAAAUCUAAACAGGCCGUUGCAUCAGCUCAGAGACAUGGAGGUCCAAUAGAAACAACACAAAAAUUUGGUGCCGGCUCAAACAAGCAGCAUUCAGCAAACAAGGACUCUGCUAAACUUGAUAGAGAGACAGAAGAACUGCAUCAUGAGACAAUCUCACUUGACGUUGGAAAGCUCAUUCAACAAUCAAGAAUGGAGAAGAAAUUAACACAGAAGGACCUAGCAACAAAAAUCAAUGAAAAACCGCAAGUUAUAAUGGAUUAUGAGUCUGGGAGAGCAAUUCCCAACAAUCAGGUGCUGAGUAAACUUGAAAGAACUCUUGGUGUCAAGCUUCGUGGGAAAGAUAAAGGGAAGCCGCUGGUUCCUGGCGGCAAGGGGAAGAAGUGAUAUGUAAUGAAACAAUUUUACCUUUUAUUCCAAGCUAGCAGCAGUGACCAAUUUCUAGCUUCUCCUUACCUUUUGUAACAAAUUAAGACUAGCAGGUCAUGAGAAUUUAGGAUCAGAUCAUUUCAGAAACAGUCUUGACUGAAUCUCUUUUUUCAUAAAAAGCAUCUAAGUAUGCAAAAAGGUUAGGAAAAUCUAGUGGUUGAUCUUGGAUUAAAGGGUUAAAUGUCACUUCACUCCUUGCCAAUGAAAAAAAUCUGAGCGUUUACUGACAAACGAGAUAAUAAUAAAAAAAUUGCGUUUAAAA